CUGCCCACUUCCGGUAUAACUACUACUAUGAGUAAAAGCUCAUAGUAUAUAUAAAAAGAGUCAGCAGAAGAACACAGACACACAAGUCAACAGCCAUGAAACAAAUGAGGACGUGGAUAACCAAAGCCAACAAGGAAGUGGGAAGUUGGCAGAUUCCUCCACGGAGAGUAAGAAUUUGUCAUACCUCCGGGAUGAUGACGACUCCCUCCUUGACAGAUGAAGAUGGCCAGCUACUGGAAAACAGAAUGAUUCCACACAGCGAGGAAAAGGCGAAGGUGACAGCUGAGAUCAUCACUCCACCUACUGUCCACAGAUCACCAGUGCACCUGGUAAUUCACCUGAAUCUGUUGCCUGACACCUGUGACAUUGUCAGCUUUAAAACCGAGAACAGGGGCUCACAGACUUUUGAACCUCCUGUUGGAGUUGACUUGGACUAUAUCACUCGACCUGCAGGGGAGGGAAAAAGGCUUCCCACCUCCACACCCAGUUCUCCCUUGUUGAAAGCAAAGCCUUGGAGCUCAGCUUCUCCUUCACCCUCAGUAAAGUCCAGAUUGUGGGUAGAAGCUGCCCUUCAAAGGAGCAAAAACAUCCAACUGAAGCACCAAUCAGCACAGUGGAUGAAGGAACAACCAGGUGAUAUAGAAAACCAGCUAAGCACAACAGGAAUCAGGGCGCAGUACUGUGAGCUGGUACCCUGCAUCUGUCACAGGUGUCCGAGUGCCCCACCAUCUGAAGAUUUCUUGGAUGAAAAAUCAGUGUCUGAACUGUACCCAAGUCUGAGUCUAUGGAAGACCAAAGUUGAUGCCCAGCUGGACAUGAACCAAAGAACAAGAAACAACCCCAAUAUAUUUCAUCACAAUGGUAUCACAGGUGAGCAGCUGCUGCACACAAUCAACUGGCCACAGGCAGAUUGCUGGAUUUAAAAUUUUCAUAUAAUGAGUUGUUUAAUCACAUAGAAUCAAACAAAAUUUUCACCAGAGAUCUCGAGUGCGCCUAUACUCAUUUUCUGUUUUUUCUUUCCUGCAGGGAUCUAUGUUUGAGGACGUCUUAAAACAUUUUAGUGACUGAUUAGUUUUGACUGUCCACUGUCCAAUUUUUUCUUGACAUGUUUCUGAAGGAAAUUACAGCAGACAUAAAGGACAUUUUACCUUUUUUUUAACAAUGUAUCUAUGAUCAAUAAAAAAGUGAAUUAAAGAUGGACUGGACUCAUACAUUUUUGUUUUGCUGCAGAAAAAUGAAAGCACAGACACAAUGCAAUUUUGUCAUUUUAUUUCUUGUGUUGAGUAAAAGCCUAGCUUUAGCUUCAAAAGUAAAACAUUAUCUCACACAAAGUCAACAACGUUAACAAAAGUCUGACAAAAAUCUAUUUCCCAUUGCAUUGGGCUAACAGUAGUACCAUGACAUAAUGUCAAACUUCAACUACACCUGAAGUAGUGGUGCAGUGUGGGUAAUUCAGUGCUCUGGUGUGUCCAGGAGCAGAGGGGUUGUUCCUUUAAUUGCA